AUGUCCCCCUCUAAAUCCACGAGGUCCUGGAAGCCCCUUUCCCCCACCGGAAAGCGCAAGCUUCGACGCAGGACCCCUCGACAUCCUGUGAUGGAGGCCCUUACACCCGAGCCAGAUGACUUGUCCUCUUCACAGGAAGAAGUCACACGCGCAGAAAAGAUGUCGGUGGAGCACCUUCGCUUGCCUCCAGGUUUACAUAGCAUGCUCAACGCUAUCCUCCAACUACCGGAGGCAUCGGAUGCAUCGCACGCGUUAGAGGAUAAUCUCAGAACAGCGUUGAACAAAAAGUCGGUCCAGGAACAACAAAGAAUCCGAUGGUUUGCCGACAUCUUGCAUCGCCAUUGCGAGGUGCUCUCUAUCAGACCCCCUCCGAAGUCGAAGGAUAGCCAUAGUAACGAGGCAGAGAUGGAUGUCGAAAAAGAAGAGGGAUCAUCCCCUGACUCGUCUCUUCAGCAACCUUCCUCUAAUCAAGCACCACCUCUGCACAAUCUUGCUGAGACUCCCGAUGAAAAUAUCCAGCGAACAAAAGACAUGGCCCCUCACAACAUCCCGGCGGUCGCACAUCAGGAGAGACAAGCUUGCAAGUCUGGCCAGCCCAGCGCCCAGCACUCGGGUAAUGAGAAGGAAGAGUCAGUGCAAGCUCUACCUAAGCAAAUAGAGGAUGAUGUUGCCUCCAACGCCAGCACGGCGAUCGCAUCUCAGGAGGGAAAGGGUUGCGGGUCCAGCCAGCCCAGUACUCAGCCCUCAGGUACUGAGGAGGAGUCAAUGCAAUCUCAACCCGAGCAAAUAAAGGAGGUAGUCUCUCACACCAGCACGGCGGUCGCACGUCAGGGGAGAAAGGCCUCGGGCACUGAGAAGCCAGUCCUUUUAGAGACGGAGCCUAAAAAUACAUCCGAGACGAAGGUCAACGCCACAGAAAUGACCAGUGCCACAACCCCCCCAAGGAAACCGCUUCCAGGACGGGGAAAGCAGGCAAAGCAAGCCACAUGGGACACUUUGGAUCUGAGUCUGCUUAAGAAGCCUGUUCAGGAGCUUAUCAAUGCGAGUUGGAAGCGGGUUAGUUCGUUCUGCUCCCAAGACCAACGUAUAGCCACUGAAACACACGACACGCUACUUUCCAUGAUUCAAUCGAAGCAUGAAGAGAAUCUCACUUGGUCAGAUGGUUCCCAGUGGAGGUCAUUGCUCGAGGCAGGGCACAAUGAACAAUGGCAAGGGACUUUUCGCCAUGCGUUGAUUGUCAUGGGAUUCACUCGUUGGCAUACAUCCCAGGUCGGCAUCCUUCGAGCCGAUAGUAAGAUGAACAAGCGAGAGGCGUCAAGUGAGGUGACUGACAGGAUCGUCGGUACUGAACCCAAGGGUGACAAACGGAAGGAAGAAUGGCUCCGACAACGGAAGAACAUCUCUACAGAUCUCGAUCGAGGCCGCAAAUGGAUCAAGCUAACGGACGAAUUCGGGUUGGGGAUCUUCCUGGAAAAUCCUUGGCAAUUGGCCAAGGCUUCCAAGAAUACCUUGGACACGCUGAUAAAUGAAUUGCCCAGCUGUUCGGAGAGAAUAUCGCUUUUGCAAUUACUCACAGAGCAAAUGACUCUGCUUCAAGAAAAUGGGAAAAUGGAUGAAAAGAGUUUCCUCAAGGGGUUGAGAAGCAAAAAACUACCACAACCUGUCCAAGCGAGGGACAGAUCAUGGAUAAAGCCAGAGUUCCUCAAGGAUCGAGCUACAGCCAAUACUCUUUUCGUUAAGGAUCCGGAGAUUAAAGUCGACAGAGAGGCAAUUGAAGCGCUCGAAUCAACAGCCUGGCUGGGUGACAGUGUUAUCCUGGCCUGCCUUCACCUUUGCGACAGACUACCCUUUGUACGGGUUGGUUUCUCUGUCCCGAUCCACCAGCAACAGAAUUCUCGCAAAAAGAUGCCACAUCCUUUUGAAAUGGCGGUGAAAAAGAUCGCAGCAUGGCAUAAUGUAGCCGAUGAUUCGGCCAAACUGGUGUCAUUCUUCCCGCUCUUUCAUAACCAAAAUCAUUUCACCCUUCUUGAGGUCAAUGAACGAGAUAAUUGUAUCUACCACUACGACUCUCUUUCUGAGGUGGAAGCGGUCGAAUUUGAUAGUGGGGCGCUAGAUGGUGAAGUCGGCGACGUUGAGGAAGCAUGUAAAAAAGCGUUCCCUACUUUUGAGUACGUGAAGCAGGCAGGGCUACAACAGGAUGACACCCACAGCUGUGGUGCAAUCGUGAUCAGGCAUGCCCGUUAUCGGAUGAUGGGUUUACCUGUUCCAUCUGGGAAGCUCGAUAGAACAAAGGCAAAGAAGUUGAGGAGUGAAGCACUAGAUGUUCUUGCUUCAGCCUGGCAGAGCGGAAAGAUGAUCAACGCUCCGGAGCCAUCAAAAAAACGAACAAAUGUUGGUGAGGACAAAAAGGGCAGCAGCCAAAAGAAACGGAAAACCGGUAGCUAG